AUGGCCGAGACUCUUUCGAGCAUCAUUACCAUCGCAUCGCUUGGGCUCGCCGUCGUCCGAGCAUGCAAAGACUACAUCGAAGCGGUGCGGGAAAUCGACAGUUUGGUCAGCCGGCUCCUCGAAAAGAUAACAGAGGUGCAUGGGGUUGUACGCGUACUCAACUCGAAGUAUCAUCAAGCUGAGCCCGAUGAUUCCAGCGAGCCGUCGAUUUUGGUACGUGAGAAGAUCACGCUAUGUCGCAAUCGUCUCAGGGAGAUCAAAUCGAAGAUAGCGAACUUAGGAGCUCAAAGUAGAAGCGCGGAGACCUUUCGUGACAAGGCCUCUGUGAAACGAAGGAUGGACGCAAUAGCCAAGGAUAUUGAGUUCGCGGUGGACGAUAUUCGACGAUACCUGGGAGAUAUUGUCAUUGUGACUGGAGCCUGCUCAUAUCUUGAAGUCAGCUCCUACAUUCGCCGCGUUUCCGAGACCGCAGUACCACAACCCAUCAUGUAUAACAGCAAAGAGGAUCAACCAGCUCAAUAUGACCUCGUCUCGCUUGAUCGGUGGUUCUCGAAUACGGACACUGUAUCAGAUCCAGUACACUUCCGUAGAGCGUCCGAUCCGACAUCGGCCCCGCGAUUCUCCGUUUCGUCUUCCUCUUCGAGCGCUCUUUUAACACAAUCAGACGACGACGAAAGCAUUCUUUCCAAACCAAUGUGCGGCAUCUCGAGACCUAGCGAAGAGUGGAAAGUCUUCCACUCGAAAGUGGCGCAAUGCAAGGACAAGCCUGCCCUCGUUGCAGAGAUUCGUACACUGUUGGAGGAGCAUCCAGAGCCCGCGACUCUUGCGAACAUCCGUGGGGACCACCAACGCGCACCCCUCCACCUCGCAGCGCAGCGUGGCUGUGUCAAUAUAGCUCGUGUUCUCCUCACGCACGGCGCCGACAUUAACGCCAAAGACACCGAACCCGCUUCUGUGCUAGAUCACGCUGUCGCAAACAAUCAAACAGACUUCAUUGCACUCAUACUCGAGGAGGGUGCGGACGAGUUAGGGAUACUAGAAGAGAACAAGGAGCAGUUGAAAUCGAAAAAAGCUGUCAUUGCGCUCGGAAAGGCGCGGCAGCAAAGUCCAACGACGGAGAAGGCCCGGAAAUCUAGCUGGAGGCUUGGAAGAAUACGCUCAAACUGA